UCCCUCCCUCCCUCCUUCCCGGGCAGUAACUCCCGCCAGAGCAGAGACAACUUUUCUCUCUCUCUCUGGCUGCCUUCAGCCCACCCUGACCCCUGCCCUCGCUCGAUGGUGACACGCAGGCCGGCGACAUGAGGCUGGCCCACGCUCUGCUCCCCCUGCUGCUGCAGGCCUGCUGGGCCUCCGCGCAGGACCUCCCGGCAGCCGAGAGGGCCAUUGCCUUCCAAGACUGCCCCGUGGACCUCUUCUUUGUGCUGGACACCUCCGAGAGCGUGGCCUUGCGGCUGAAGCCCUAUGGGGCCCUGGUGGACAAGGUCAAGGCCUUCACCAAGCGCUUCAUCGACAACCUGAAAGACAGGUACUACCGCUGCGACCGCAACCUGGUGUGGAACGCGGGCGCGCUGCACUACAGCGACGAGGUGGAGAUCAUCCAGGGGCUCACGCGCAUGCCCAGCGGCCGCGACGCGCUCAAGGCCAGCGUGGACGCGGUCAAGUACUUCGGCAAGGGCACCUACACGGACUGCGCCAUCAAGAAGGGGCUGGAGGAGCUGCUGGUGGGGGGCUCCCACCUGAAGGAGAACAAGUACCUGAUUGUGGUGACCGACGGGCACCCCCUGGAGGGCUACAAGGAGCCAUGCGGGGGCCUGGAGGAUGCGGUGAACGAGGCCAAGCACCUGGGCAUCAAAGUCUUCUCUGUGGCCAUCACGCCCGACCACCUGGAGCCGCGGCUGAGCAUCAUCGCCACAGACCACACGUACCGGCGCAACUUCACGGCGGCGGACUGGGGGCAGAGCCGCGACGCGGAGGAGGUCAUCAGCCAGACCAUCGACACCAUCACCGACAUGAUUAAAAAUAAUGUGGAACAAGUGUGCUGCUCCUUCGAGUGCCAGCCCGCCAGAGGACCUCCCGGACCACGGGGUGACCCAGGGUACGAGGGAGAACGAGGGAAGCCAGGUCUCCCAGGAGAGAAAGGAGAAGCCGGAGACCCAGGAAGGCCCGGCGACCUGGGGCCCGUUGGCUACCAGGGGAUGAAGGGAGAAAAGGGAAGCCGAGGGGAGAAGGGCUCCAGGGGACCCAAAGGUUACAAGGGCGAGAAGGGCAAGCGUGGCAUCGACGGUGUGGACGGCAUGAAGGGGGAGAUGGGGUACCCUGGCCUGCCAGGCUGCAAGGGCUCGCCUGGAUUCGAUGGUGUCCAAGGCCCCCCGGGGCCCAAGGGUGAUGCGGGCGCAUUCGGACUGAAGGGAGAAAAGGGGGAGCCUGGAGCCGAUGGGGAGCCUGGGAGGCCAGGGAGCACAGGGAGCCCCGGAGACGAGGGAGACCCCGGAGAGCCUGGUCCCCCAGGAGAGAAGGGCGAGGCCGGCGACGAGGGCAACGCAGGACCAGACGGCCCCCCCGGAGAGAGGGGCGGCCCUGGUGAGAGGGGACCGCGGGGCACCCCAGGCGUGCGGGGCCCGAGAGGAGACCCGGGUGAAGCUGGACCCCCGGGUGACCAGGGUCGAGAAGGCCCUGUCGGUGUCUCCGGAGACCCGGGUGACGCGGGCCCCGUUGGACCUAAAGGGUACCGAGGAGACGAGGGGCCCCCGGGGCUUGAGGGUCCCAGAGGUGCCCCAGGGCCUGCAGGACCCCCCGGAGACCCCGGACUGAUGGGCGAAAGAGGUGAAGAUGGCCCCCCCGGAAAUGGCACUGAAGGCUUCCCCGGCUUCCCUGGCUAUCCGGGCAGCAGGGGCCCUCCCGGGAUAAACGGCACUAAAGGCUACCCCGGCCUCAAGGGGGACGAGGGAGAAGCUGGAGACCCCGGAGAGGACAACAACGACAUUUCACCCCGAGGUGCCAAAGGCGCAAAGGGGUACCGGGGCCCCGAAGGCCCCCAGGGACCCCCAGGACACACGGGACCACCAGGACCGGAUGAAUGCGAGAUUCUGGACAUCAUCAUGAAAAUGUGCUCUUGCUGUGAGUGCAAGUGCGGCCCCAUCGACAUCCUGUUCGUGCUGGACAGCUCCGAGAGCAUCGGGCUGCAGAACUUCGAGAUCGCCAAGGACUUCAUCGUCAAGGUCAUCGACCGGCUGAGCCGGGACGAGCUGGUCAAGUUCGAGCCUGGACAGUCGCAUGCGGGCGUGGUGCAGUACAGCCACAACCAGAUGCAGGAGCACGUGGACCUGAGGAACCCCAACAUCAGGAACGCCCAGGAGCUCAAGGCAGCCAUCAAGAAGCUGCAGUGGAUGGCGGGUGGCACGUUCACAGGGGAGGCCCUGCAGUACACCCGGGACCGGCUCCUGCCACCCACUCAGAACAACCGGAUCGCCCUGGUCAUCACAGACGGCCGCUCGGACACCCAGAGGGACACCACACCCCUCAGCGUGCUCUGCGGCCCUGACAUUCAGGUGGUCUCCGUGGGCAUCAAGGACGUGUUCGGCUUCGUCGCGGGCUCUGACCAGCUCAACGUGAUUUCCUGCCAAGGCCUGGCCUCCCGGGGCCGGCCGGGGCUCUCGCUGGUCAAAGAGAACUACGCCGAGCUGCUGGAGGACGCCUUCCUGAAGAACGUCACCACCCAGAUCUGCAUAGACAAGAAAUGUCCAGAUUACACCUGCCCGAUCACAUUCUCCUCCCCGGCCGACAUCACCAUCCUGCUGGACGGCUCGGCCAGCGUGGGCAGCCACAACUUCGAGACCACCAAGAGCUUCGCCAAGCGGCUGGCCGAGCUCGUGGUGGUGGUGGGCCAGCAGGUGAACGAGCCGCACGUCCGCGUCCUGGUCACCGGCAAGACGGCCGAGUACGACGUGGCCUUCGGCGAGCGCCACCUGUUCCGCGUGCCCAGCUACCAGGCCCUGCUGCGGGGCGUCUUCUACCAGACGGUGUCCCGGAAGGUGGCCCAGGGCUAGCCGGCCUCCCCAAACUGAAGCAAGUGAAAUGUGACAGAGAUCUUCCUGACCGACCCGAUUCGCGAGGUUUUUUUUAAAGAAAAGGCUUGAAAAGCUGCCGUGCGAGCGGGUGUCUGAGCCCCGGGCCCGGGGUCCUGCCACCUCCCCCACACACACCUGAACCUGAGUUAACAUCCCGGACCUCCCGCAGGCUCCUGCCCCCCCAGCCCAUCAGGACCCCCGAGACCUCAUUGCUCUGGGGUUCAGUUGCCCGCUGCCCCCCACUCCCUUCAGUAACCCUACAGAUCCCUCCACGUAACAUCUCAUUUACACUAAAG